AUGGAGAUACCGAAAGGAGUCGAGCUCUGUUUCCCACAACUCCUCAACAGCUCCUGCAGGAAGCCGACACUUCACUGGUCCAAAGCUGUGCUCCUGAACAUUGUGCUCUCAUGUAUCUCUCUGCUCACUGCUGCUCUAAACCUUCUCGUCAUCAUCUCAGUCUCCCACUUCAGGCAGCUGCACACACCCAGUAAUAUCCUCCUCCUCUCUCUGGCCGUCUCAGACUUUUUUGUGGGUCUCCUGUUGUUGCCUUUAGAAAUUUUUAGAAAGACAAGCUGCUGGGUACUUGGUGAUCGUAUGUGUUCUGCUUAUUGGUAUUUGACCAGCAACAUUAUCUGUGCUUCAAUAGGGAACAUUGUUCUAAUAUCAGUUGACCGCUAUGUGGCUAUUUGUGACCCUCUGCAUUAUCCCAGCAGAAUUACUUUGGCGAAAGUCAAACUCAGUGUUUGUCUGUGUUGGUUUUAUGCUUUUUUCUACAGCAAUCUUUAUACAAAGGAUAUCAUGAUUGAACCAAGCAGCAGCAAUAUUGCUAUUGUUGUUGACCUUAUUUUAUUCUUUUUUGUUCCAGUAACUGUUAUCAUAGUCUUGUAUAUGAGAGUAUUUGUGGUGGCUGUGUCUCAAGCUCGUGCCAUGCGCUCUCAUGUUACAGCUCUCACACUUCAGCGUUCACUGAAUCAAACAAACAAAUCUGAGCUGAAAGCAGCCAGGACUCUGGGGAUUCUUGUAGUUGUGUUUCUAGCAUGCUUCUCUCCACUCUACUGCUACUCUCUUGUUGAUGAAAAUGCAAUCAUUGAUCCAGCUGCAUCUUUUGUGGUCAUUAUCUUUUACAUUAACUCUUGUCUAAACCCUUUGAUCUAUGCCUUGUUUUACCCCUGGUUUAGAAACGCUGUUAAACUUAUCAUCACGUUGGAGAUCUUCAAGUAUGACACAAGUGGUGCCAACAUACUGUAA